AUGGAGGACGACGCCACCGCGGUGCUGCCCGACGAGCUUCUCGUUCGAAUCUUCAAGUUCGUGGGCGUGCGGGCCGAGUGGUUGUGUGCGGCGGCGCUGGUGAGCCACCGGUGGCACGGCGUGGCCACCUACCGCCCGCUCUGGCGCCCCUUCUUCCUCGCCCACUGUGGCUAUACGCCACUGGCCGCCCUUGCCCGCGGCCACGCCCCGCCCGCUGACGCCAACGACUGCGGCAACGACCUCCUCUGGUGGGACAACCUGGGCGACGAGAGCAAGGAGACGAGCAGCUGGCGACGAAGGACGGAGGAGGAGGACUACGAUGAGUGCGGCAACGUGAUCGAGUGGCGGCAGGAGCUGAUCUACCACACGCGACGACCGCACCAGCGCUGGACAAGUGGCGAACGAACCGAGCUUUUCCGUAGCCACGACAGCGGACGGAUCAGGACCAAGGAGGGCGCCAACAAGCAGGCCGUGGCUGCAGUGCGACCGGGCAUGGCCAGCCAUGCCACCACGUCGGGCCUUUCCUUCUAUCUCGGCUCCACCGGCGGAACUGCGCACCUGCCGGGCAUUGUGUGCAACGACAUGGUGUGGCCGAGCGACGAGUGCCUCUACCUCCUCAACAAUACUCGAUUGCAUUAUGGAACUCACGAUGAGCGAGCCUCACCGCGAGGCCGAGCCCGGCAGGCUCUUCACGGUCGAUCCCCCACAACAACCAAACCGCGUACUGGCAUCCUUGGCGUAGACCUGCGCACCGGUCUCCACACUUUCCAGGCCUUGUGGAGGAUGGACAGGGAGUCGCUGCUGUUGUUCGCCCACGGCGGGUACCAGCACCCGCACGAGCUCGUGCUGGCGGACCCGCAGACGGUGGCCGUGUGGGACCUGCGCAAGAUCAGCGAGCCCCCGUGUGCGCACCAAUUCCUCACAAGCGGCCCUGGUAUGCGGUUUAAUGUGGUCGCCUACCACGACGGCGAGCUGUUGACCUUCAGCACGUGCUGUGAACGGGUCGCCAUUCAAAAGUGGAAGACGGCGGGAGGAGUGAUGAUCCAGGACAAGGACGAGAACGAGCGCCUCCUUCAACAUAUCCAGCGUCAUUCAACUCGUACGCAGUUCGACCGGAGGAAGUACGUUCUGGAAACGGAUUCCGGGGUGGUUGUGGUCGACCGCCAGAGCGGGGCCGCCACCACAUACCCGCAGGCCUACUGGGGGCCUCCAAACACCUUGCGCUACUGUGGUCCCAGUCUCCUCGAGUGCUCUCCUAGACACCAGGUCUACUUGUGGGACUUCAGUGUGGAGCCAGGCCUGUUUGGCGCGUGA